ACGGAAGUACACAUUACGGCGGAGUGAUUCCUGAAAACAAAACGUAACACAAAAGCUACGGUGCAGUUUGUAAUAAUUUGUCACUAAUUGUGAUGUCAUCAUGUCAAUUAUCUUACGAGACCUCUGAACGUUGUUCAGCGUUUCGGAACAAGGACGUGAUGAUAGGAAUGUCCGUCAUACAACACGGCGAAAAGGAGGGGCGACGCUCCUUUUAGUCUUCGUGUAUGACGUCACGUGCCCGGAGGCUGACAGUGGCGUCAACUGUGUAGGCGAGCAAAGUAGGAAGCGCGAGUGCAUUUUUAUAACCAAAGAAGCAAAAUCCAACUAUACCAAAUGUAAAGUCGCCUGUGUUUUUGUUUUUGGAUAUAACGGGAUUUUCGAUAUGAUAUUUUUUAAAUUGCUCUUCCCUCUUUGCUGCCUUCUUGAUACCAUAGCUCUGAUCAGAGAACCCUUGAACAAAUACAUUCGCCAUUAUGAGGGUUUAUCUUAUGACACGGAAGCCCUGCACAACAGUCACCAGAGAGCAAAGAGGGCGCUCUCUCCUCAUGAUGGAACCGUGCACCUGGACUUCCAUUCUCACGGCAGGCAUUUCAACCUGCGGAUGAGGAGAGACACUUCGGUAUUUUCUCCAGAUCUCGAAAUCGAGGUGUCAGGAGAGGAAGCACCCAUUGAUACGUCGCAUAUCUACAGUGGCGAGCUCUUGGGGGAAAAGGACACGCUGACCCAUGGUUCUGUGAUUGAAGGGCGCUUCGAGGGCUUCAUUAAAACCCACCAAGGGACAUAUUUUGUUGAACCCUCCGAAAGGUACCUUAAGGAGAACAAUGUGCCCUUCCACUCCAUUAUCUAUCAUGAGGAUGACAUCACUUAUCCUCAUAAAUAUGGCUCUGGUGGAGGCUGUGCUGACCACUCCGUGUUUGAGAGGAUGAGGAAGUAUCAGACAACUGCAGGAGAUGAGCCUGCCAAAAGGGCGGUGAGCACAUUUAAAGAGGAGCCCACCAAUGGUCCUGUGAUUUUAAGGAAGAAGAGGGCUACGGAAAAAGACAAAAAUAUUUGCCUAUUAUUUAUUCAGACCGAUCACUCGUUCCACGAGUACUACGGCAGUCGAGAGGCUGUCCUGGCACAGAUCUCCAGCCAUGUUAAGGCUGCUGACUCAAUUUACAAAGCCACAAACUUCUUGGGCAUUCGAGACGUUGGCUUCAUGGUGAAAAGAGUUAGGAUAAACACCACAGCAAACGUGAAAGACAUUACCAAUCCUUUUCGUUUUGCCAACAUCGGAGUGGAAAAGUUUUUAGAGCUGAACUCUGAACAGAAUCACGAUGACUAUUGCCUUGCCUACGUCUUCACUGACAGGGAUUUUGACGAAGGCGUCCUUGGUUUGGCUUGGGUCGCCUCUCCUGCAGCAAGCUCUGGAGGCAUUUGUGAGAAGAGUAGAGUCUACUCUGAUGGGAGGAAGAGGUCCCUGAACACUGGUAUUAUCACAGUGAAGAACUAUGCCUCACACGUCCCUCUAAAGGUGUCUCACAUCACUUUCGCCCAUGAGGUUGGCCACAACUUUGGCUCUCCUCAUGACUCCGGGACUGAGUGCACCCCUGGAGUAUCCAGAGAUAAAGAAGCGGGCAAUUACAUCAUGUAUUCAAGUGCCACUUCCGGAGACAAGCCCAACAAUAACAAGUUUUCAGACUGCAGCAUCCGAAAUAUGAGUGCUGUUCUGGUAAAGAAGAAGGACAUUUGUUUUGUUGUAUCUGGACAACCCAUCUGUGGCAAUAGACUUGUGGAAGAGGGAGAACAAUGUGACUGCGGCUACAGUGAUCAGUGCAAAGAUCCCUGCUGCUAUGAUGCCAACGAACCGGACGGUACCAGGUGCAAACUCCAACCUGGAAAGAACUGCAGUCCAAGCCAAGGCCCAUGCUGCACGGAAGAGUGCUCUUUUAAAGACUCAUCAGAAAUGUGUAGAAAGGAGUCUGAGUGUGCCAACAUUGGAACGUGCAACGGUUUGAUUGCUGGGUGUCCUACUUCUCAAUCAAAGGACAACCUCACCUCUUGCAAUGAAGAAACACAAGUCUGUCUCAAUGGGGUCUGCAGUGGUUCAAUUUGUGAGAAGUACGGCCUUGAAGUUUGCACCUGUGCCAGUGAAACUAGCAAGAAUGAGGCGGCUGAACUCUGUCACGUAUGCUGCAUGGAGAAAAUGAACCCCAGCACUUGCAGCAGCUCGGGCUCGGAGAAAUGGGCCGCGUUUUUCAACAAAAAGGUCAUAAAUCUGCAGCCCGGCUCACCGUGCGAUAACUUUAGGGGCUACUGUGAUGUGUUCAUGAGGUGCCGCCUGGUGGAUGCUGAUGGGCCUCUGGCGAGGCUUAAGAAUGCCAUAUUCAAUUUAGAACUGUAUGAAACAAUUGCCGAGUGGAUAGUGGAUCACUGGUGGGCAGUGCUUUUGAUGUGCAUCGCGCUUAUAUUGGUAAUGGCUGGCUUCAUCAAGGUUUGCAGUGUGCACACUCCAAGCAGCAACCCAAAACUGCCUCCUCCAAGGCCACUACCAGGUACCCUGAAGAGAAGAAGGCACCAACAGAGCAACUCACAAGGCAUGCCGGUGAACUUUCGGCACCAAAGGGAAGACUAUCAAAUGGGUGAAAUUAGGUAUUGAGAGACUGGGAGCAUUUGACAAGUCGUCACUUGCUAAAUUCUAGCGCCUACACUGGAAGCACUUGAGUUGCCAAAAGCAAAGGAAUAGUGUCUAAAGUCAAUUUACGAAUGAAGCCCUCAUCUGGCUGACAUCUUAUCUCAUAGGCGUCCCGCAGUGCUCGGCACUUUGUCCUCACCUCUUCAUCCUCCACCUCCUCACCCUCACUCAGAUUAUUCAUAGCCAUGGCCUCCAAUUCCUCUGUUAUACCGAUGAUAUUCAACUUGACAUAUCCACAAAAUGCAUCAACCCUCAGACUCAUUCUACCCUCUAAACUGUCAUUCUGAUAUCAGCUUCUUGAUGCAAACAAAUUUCCUUAAACUGAAGUGUACCAAAUUUUUUAUCUUCAUAAUAGGUCCAAAUUCCCUCACCUCUAUAGCAAAAGUUCCGACUCCUUAAAUAAUGCUACCCUUUCACCCACACCCCACCGCCGGAACCUUGGAGUCAUCCUGUACAGUAAACCAGGCCCCCUCUCACCUCAAGACUUGCUCUACCCUACACCUCUUUCUGUGAAGAAACUUCAAGGACAAGGACUUACAAGGACACUAAGCAGCGGACCUGGCGGGGUGCAAAGCCCUCUGUUGCCGCACCCUUCCUGUGGAACUUGAUUUUCCCACACAUCCGUGACAACUGCUGACACUACUACCUUUGAUACUAACUUAAAAAAACACCUGUUCCACACUGCUUUUAACUCAAAACUUUUUGAAUCUUUCACAUUUAGUAAUACAUCACAUCACAACAUUUUAAUCUUGCUUUCUGUAUGUAUUUUUAAACCGCAUUUGUUCUGUUUUCGCACUUACUUGUCUUACAUUUUUUACCCUGUAAAGCAUCUUUUGAGUUUUUGAAAAGGGCUCCAUACAUAAGAUGUAUUAUUAUUGUCAUUAUUAUUAUUAAACGGACUAAUCCACGCCUACAUGUGAGGUGGAACUCACGUUGCAACUGAAUCGUCGUCACUGGACAGCACCCUUUGUGCUCUUGAGAUGCAGAAGAGAAGUUCACCGAGCUCUGUUAUGUGGUCUUGAUCGUUAAAUUUUUUUACUGGGCUGUUUUUUGUUUUAUACCAGAGGAUGCUGGCAGCUUACCUUAAGGCCCAUCUCUUGAAAUAUUCUUACAGUACAUUUAAAUUUUACCGCAAAUCAAAACACUUUUGCUGCCAUUGUUAUUUUACAAGGUUCUAAAUGAAAAGCCAUAAAAACAAAAACUUUUUCUAAUGUAUUGCCUUUAUUCUUUCAGCUUGUACAGUUCUCUUAAUGAUGAUUGUUUCUCUCAGGAUUAAUAAAACAAAAAAAUGGUUAGGUAAUUUCCUAAAUGGUGCCUCCAGAAAGCUUUAUGGAUAAGUAAGUUUGGAAUGGGCAAAAAAAGUGCAUUAUGCAGGGCAUAUUUAAUGUGUGAACGUGAGUGUGAAUGUUGUCUAUCUGCUGGCCCUGCGAUGAGGUGGCGACUUGUCCAGAGUGUACUCCGCUUUACGCCCGAGGGCAGCUGGGAUAGGCUCCAGCACCCCCGUGAUCCCGAGAAGGACAAGCAGUAGAAGAUGGAUGAAUGGACUAUUACAGCUUUGUUUUACCUAAAUGUGUAAUGUGAUUUUUGUGUUAAGGGUGAGAGAGUUGGCUGUUUUUUGUGUCACUGAGAGACAACUUUGACUGAAUUGCACGGCAACUUUUACCCAAUCUUUACAAUUCUGUUUUGUUUUUGUACUUAAUGUGCCCACUGACAGCAUUUCCAAUUUAAGCUGAGGCUUAUUGUCAGUGACCCCACAACUUAGGUUUUGUUUUAACUUUUGGUUUGUAUGUGAAUACAGUAUGUUAUAAAUGUGAAAAAAAGUCUGUUUUAAUGCCUCUUGCUAAAUAAAAUUCACUUCUGGACUAUCAAGUACAUUCAGUCUACAUGUAACACCUCAGCUAAUGGUUGUUGCGUUUGAUAAUGUCUUGUUAGAGAUUUUAGUGACGCAUUCAUGUUUUCCACCAAAUGCAUGUAUUUGUUUUGCAUUCAUGUGUUGUAACUAUGGGGGUUUUCAAUUUCUGUGUCUGAUGCAACACUUAUUUUGGGUUUAAAAGGACUUAUGUCCGUACACUGGAGUGCUGAGUUUAUAAUUUUUUACUGUAACUUCAAUGUUUUUGCUUUUACCUCAAGUAUUUGCUUAAUUUGAAAUGCAUUAAUAAAUCAUCUUCACGUACUGCUUUGACGUGU